GACUCCUUCAAUUUACAAGCAGUACAUGCACUUGCACUGACGUCAAUGGAGCUGUCUUGGAUGUAUAUAAACAGUCAAAUCUCCAUCAAGCAGGACUUUUCUGAUAGAGUUCUGGGGUCUUCCAUCCGAGCUUGUGUGGAAAACGUGAUAUUCUUCUACAGUUACUUUAACCUAGAGCACUUAACGGCAUCCAGCAUGAAGAAAACGCCUUUGGUUUUGCUAACAGUCAGUAUAUUACUUGUGUCUCAUAUUCCUCCCAGUGUCUGCCGUCCUAUGGGCACGAACACCUUUAACCGUCAUGGUUACAAGAUCCAGGACGACAACGUCUUGGUAAAGGCUGGUGAUAAUGCAAUGUCCUACCUCGUGGGAGAAAAGUUGCUUAGGUAUUUGGAAAAAAAUCCCAGAUUUCAGAUAAUCCUCUCUCAACUACCUCUCGGCAACGUUCAGUUUGUGAAAGCGCUGUCCACAAAAGGCUUGGCUCAACCCGCGCACAACAUACAGGUGGUAGACGGAGAGGAGCCCUGGAGGGAGGAGGUCAACAGCCUCAAAGACUUGUCAGAGCUCUCGAAGAGGGCCGAAGACCCUCCCAUCUCUAUCGAUCUCACAUUCCACCUCUUGAGAAACAUGAUGGAGAUGGCAAGGAUCGAAAAUCAGAGGGAACAGGCGGAGCUGAACCGCAAAUAUUUGAAUGAGGUUGGCAAAUGAUAGCGUCAACAUAGGAAAAACAACGGCUCUCACCAACGAGCGAUUAGCCACGGCACUGCCAUGUAAAUGCCCAUGGUAUGACAUUUGUUCAUGUUAACCCUAUUACUAAGCCUAACAUUAUAGACCACGUUCAUUACACUAGCUUCACUGAAGCUAUUGUGGACAUUUGUGUUCAUUGGGAUGGACUUUGAUUUUGUGGAUGCAUAUGAAACACAUGUUGUGUUAAAUAUUUUAUUUGUCUUUAUUUUAGAGGGGAAAGAUGUAGUUUUUAUUACAAACUUAAUUAUGUAAACAUGCAGUGGAGGUUACGUUGCAGUCUGGGUUCUAGUAAGAACAUUGGAAUCCAGUCUGGUCUGUUUGAUACCAAGUGUGAUUUAUGUUUACAGUGUUGGAGAAUUGUACGUUGUGAUCCGAUGUACGAAAUGCAAAUAGUAAAAUAUGUUAAUAUGUUAAUGAAUGAAAUAAUUAAGUAUUGAAUUAAUUAAUUAAUGAAUUGAGUUUUUUUUUGUUUGUUUUUAAGCAAGCCCUGUAUGCAUUUCUUGUGGUAAAGUUGCAAUCACUGUAAUUGAAAGAAAGUAGAAAAGGCAGUAUAACUAUUCAGAGUUUUGUCUUAAACAGGCAAAAUAAAUAAAAUACAAACUACAAUCCCUUAAAUUAUAAUGUGUAUACAUUUUCUAGGAUAAAUAUUCUAGGAUUAAUAUCCCAUGAAAAAUGGUACCCAGGCAAGAAAAUUAUUAGUCUGUAUUUUAUGUAGAACUACAUAGCAGUCGUACAGAUAGUAGUUAUUGUGAAACUAUGUGUGUCCUCACUUUUUCUGUUGAAUUUUGAUUAACAGUCCUAACCUUUGCAUCUGGUUCUACACUGGAUUAUAAUUUUGGGCAGGUUUCACAAUGUGUGCCCCUUAGAUUUAAGAUUGGUUUUCAUUUUAAGGAGUAAAAUCAUGUUUUACAACAGCAGUACAGUUUUAAGGUGGUUCACACCUAUAUGAUGAUUCUUUUAUGCUUUCCUUACCCCUCAGUUUGACCUCUCUGUAGCAUACUGUGUACAGCAUGAAUAUUUUCCAUAUUGGGAGGUGGUAUACGUGAAAGAUGUUUUAAAAUGUAAGGACAACAGAUGUGCUUUCCUUAAUCAAACACACAAUGUAUACAGAACCUAUGAACAUUAUUCAAGUGGUGGUAGAGUUACAAGACCCUUAAUUAUUACAUUUUUAAAGCGAUAACUAAAGGGUGUUUAAACACAAAUGAAGUAAUUUUUUCCUUACUACAACCACUAUAUGGUCUCUGAGGCAGCUUGAAAAGUCCUUAUGCUGUCAUUGCUAACCUCACAGGGUUGCAGGUUUGGAUUGUGGUAAGAUGCAUGGACUGAUUCUUUCCAGAAGUGUAAAUGGGUAUGAUGUUUGGCAGUGCCUAUGGCUUCUUGGUGAGACUUAUAUUUUUCUUGAACAAAUUCAUUAUCCAUCCCUUUUCCCUAAGCCACUACCGGUCUACCAAACCUCAUUCAGAUGUCUUUAAAAGCAUGCUAGUGUAAGAAUAGUUGUGCAAUUUGUGAAUUGUUUUACUGAAACAUAAUAAACAUUCAUAAACAGCUGUUUAGCAGUAAAGAAAAGCUUUUUCGCCAUUUAUAUUUUGUAAUAAAAAAAUCUGAAAGAAAUGCCUGUCGACUGUGUCAAAAUCACUUAUGUUGGGGCACUGUAAUAAAGGAAAUUAUUUCUGCUUUACUGAUGAGGACAUAUGGAUGUCAUUUAUCUGUUAAUACAUG